UUGACAUAUAUGUUUCGAUUGCCAUUGAUCAUGUUUAAGAUGAUUAACGUUGCAUAUGUGUUCAUGCUUAUCACCUCUAUGUAUUUUUUGGAUGGUGUUGCUGACAAAGGUGUUUUGACGCUAAAGCCAACAAGGGUUGAUGCGACUUUAUUGACUUCAAAAAUCGGAUCAAACCGAACCAUUAUAGUUGACAUUCAUGGAUCUGAAGACUUUAUGUCUGUACAAGAUGCCAUUGAUUCUAUUCCGCUUGGAAAUCCAAAUUGGGUCAUUAUACAUGUCAAAGAAGGAGUUUACAGGGAAAAAGUGAGAAUUCCUAGAGAAAAACCUCGUAUUUUCUUGAAGGGAAGUGGGAGGACUAAAACAUCAAUUGUUUGGUCACAAAGCUCUGAAAACAACUAUGAAUCUUCCACCUUCAAAGUUGAAGCUCCUUAUUUUGUUGCCUAUGGCAUUAGCUUCAAGAAUGACGCACCUACAGGGAUUGCUAAUACCUCACAUAACCAGUCAGUAGCAGCAUAUGUGGGUGCAGAUAAGGUUGCAUUCUACAGUUGUGGAUUUUAUAGCAAUCACAACACCCUUCUUGAUAACAAAGGUAGACAUUACUAUGAUGGAUGCUACAUCCAAGGCUCCAUUGAUGUCAUUUUUGGUCGUGCCCGAUCCAUCUUUCAUGAUUGUGAAAUCCUUGUGAUUAUGGAUAAUCGAAUGGAGAUUCUAGGAUCGGUGACGGCUCAUUCGCGAACAAGUACAAAUGAAAACACAGGAUUUGUGUUUAUUAGAGGGAAAAUUUACGGCACCGGACAUGCUUUCUUAGGUAGACCAAAAGGAGACCAUUCUCGAGUCGUUUUUGUUAACACUUAUAUGUCUAAGAGUGUAAGGCCCGAAGGAUGGAGCAAAUGGAACCACAAUGGCAAUUUAGAAAAUAUAUACCAUGCUGAAUAUGAUUGCCAUGGGCCGGGGUCUGCUACCAAUAAUCGUGCUAAAUGGUUGAAGAAAUUGAGUGACGAAGAAGUUGCACCUUUCCUGUCUACAGAUUUCAUUGAUGGCAAAAAAUGGUUGAUAACGGACCAUAAAAACAUACCCGAGAUUCACAAAAAAACCGGUCAAUUUGUAAAAGGUACUGAAUCUAGAGCCGGACCGUUUAAUGUAGUUUCCGGUUCACUCGAUCGAGAUAUUGGGCCAGGAUUCUGGGCCUCGGCUCAACAGUAA